GCGCCAGGGGAGGAGGGAGCAACCAGGGGUGGCCGACGUGGGGGUAGGGUGGCAGAGUUUGGGCCCCCGGGUCCCGAUUGACACCAUCGACGCGGCCUCCCACGCAUCGAGUACAUAAGGAGACGUGAACGUCUGCGAGCAAGCACCCCAGACCUCCUCGGACCUGUCCUGUCCUUGACCUUGGCCUGAGCUCGACCUGCGAUCUUCACCCAGCUAGCUAGCUUACCACCGUUGUCCACCAAACAAACAUGGACAUGCCUCACGAACGCCCCCACCGCCAGCCCGGCGACCUCGAGAUCGGUGUUGCCGAUGUCUUCAUGGAGCGUGAGGGCCCGGCGAUCCACGUCGUCGAGCACCCUCCCCCUCCCGAGUGGUACCUCCGCUACGAGCGUGCUCGCCCUCGUCUGCUCGUCGAGAUGGUCGCCGAGGCCUUUGGCACUUUCCUCUACUGUUGGGGUGGAAUGGGUGCUGCGUGUACCUUCUUCAUCGCCACAGCCGAAGGGCAGACCACGGUCGGCUCUAUGCUCUCAGUGGCGUUCGCAUACUGUGCCGCGAUUCUCCUCGCGCUAAUCUGUUGCGCGUCGACAUCCGGUGGCCACUUCCACCCGGCCUUCACCAUCGCGUUCUCCAUCUUCAAGGGCUUCCCCCUCCGCAAGGUCCCGUGGUACAUCUUUGCCCAGCUCCUCGGUGCCUUCAUCGGCUCGCUCUGUGUCAUUGGCCAGUACCACGAGUCUCUGACGCUCAUCUCGAACGAGCUCGAGGCUGCCGGCAAGCUCAAGCAGAUCUUCACGCCUGCCGGCCCCGCGUCGGCCAUUGAGGCGACCAUCAUGCCGGGCCGUAACCUCGGCUGGGUCUUCUUCAACGAGUUCAUGAUGAACUUUGUCAUGGGCGCCGUCGUCUUCGGCAUCCUCGACCCCACCAACAUCUUCAUUGCGCCCACCAACGGUCCCGUCGUCAUUGCCAUCGCCUUCUUCCUCGUCAUCAUCUCGUUCUCGAUGAACGGUGCCGCCAUCAACACUGCCCGUGACCUCGGCUCGCGAAUGGCAGCUGCCGUCUACUGGGGCCACCCUAGCCUCGUGUUCCCGGCCAAGUACACGGCUAUCAGCAUCCUGACCAACAUCCUUGGCGUGCUCGUCGGUGCCGGCUUCCAGAUUCUCUUCCUCAGCGACACCAAGCGUGCCAUCACCACCGGUGCCAAGCAGAUGCUCGCCGGUACCAGCCACGGCCAGCUCGCCAUCGACGAGAGCGUGCCCGGCAUCACCCGCGUCGUCUCCACCGCUCCCAUGGGCCGCCAGAUCAGCGUCACCCCCAGCAGCAUGGAGAAGCAGCCCAACGGCGGCUCGUUCACCCGCACCGAGGAGGCCGUCUAG